ACACAUGCAAAUGUUGAGCAAGUACUGCUUGCAACCAACAAUAUCUGCACUUACAGUAAAAUCAUCUAACGGAAUGACAACAAAAUCAUGGGGGACCUAUGGUAUAUAAGCGUAAUACCACAAUCAUCACCCAAGCAGCAGCAGCAGCAGCAGCAGCAACAACAACAACAACAGCAACAAAGGCUCAAUCAGCGAUCAAUUACAAAGUCCGAGACCACUUCAUUCGAAGGUACGAUAACUCACAAUGUCCGCAACAGGUGGUGGAGCAAUUUGGUCUGUUCCCAGUCCACCAGUUCCCAGAGACCUCGAGGCAGCAUACCAGGAAUAUCUGACAUAUGUCAACGAAGUGAAUCACGGCGAAUUCGAAAACGCAGCCGACCUUGUCCUACACAAUUCCAAGCUUGCGGAAGAAGGGUCAAAACAGCGUCCUGUCGCUGUUGCAAUCCAACGAUGUCGGCGUGGUGGCAAGACAUUUAUGUUGCACGCGGUUGGUGCAUUGCUUCAAGGGCGGGCAAGACUUCAGGAGCACUCGUCCCAAGUUAUUCUAAUAUCCCUCAACGGUAUUUCGCCGUUUGAUCCAAGCACGGAAGACGCUUUCCAAGCGAUCAUGGCGCGGGUGGCCUGGGAACUGAGUGGGCGGGAGGCAGGGACUUUUCGGAGGUUCAAGCAAUUGUACACCUCUGAUUUUGGCGCUGCUGACGCGUGGUUAACUGAUAAGGAGAAUCAUGUCAUGCUUCUUAUCGAUGAGUUGAAUGCAAUUCCUCCGGAAGCCAGUAGAUACGGUGAUAUGAGUUCAUUGCUUGCAGAGUUUGUACAGCAAAAAGGCAGCGGUUUACUAUACUCAACUCACCAGCGGAGUACUGCGGAUUUGCUCAGACGAAGGCGCCCAGGAACAGAAACCAGUCUAGUCCUAUCCAAAAAUCCGCAUAAAUGGGCGCAGAUUCCUCGAAUCCAGACAGUCAAGUGCCUGCAAGGGUUGUCGAAAGAUGCGUCAGAACAACCAUCCUUUUGGAGUGCAGUCCUUCGAGGCCGCAUUCCUGCGCUCGUCGUACAGGAAGAAGAGAUCCCAAAUUACGCCGAAGACGCGAUAGGAUCGCUCUCUUCGCCAGAGGGCGUGGGCAUGUCAAUAGAAGAAGAACGCCAACUGUGCCUUGCUGCAGUGAUAACAGGGAACAUUGAUCAGCUUCCAAGCAGGCGCAAUCUCUUCCGGGCGUAUAGCUAUAUGAGCGAGCGCUUUGUGACAAAUCCAAAUGGCCAGGCGGGGGAGUUCCACCCGGUUGAUCCGAGGAAGACGAUCAAAGAUGGCCAGUGCUUUGCAUGGCCUCCUUUUCUGAUAGCCCAGCAUCAAGUUUUGGGCAAGAAUUAUCGGCGAUUGCGAGCCCCGCUGGAAGACCCUGAAAUUGAUGAACCCAAGGCCUUUGAAGCCUUGGCUCAACUGGCAAUCUUGGUGCGCCUCUUGGCCAAGCAGAAGCAUGAGUUAGUACCUUUUCAUUCCAGCAUCAUGGAUGACAUCUCAACCUGCAAUGCGCAGGAUGCGACCGAGAUGUUUCAUGUUGCGCAAACUGCAACAACACUGGAAGAUAUACUCGGUGAAGUCAAGGCGCGGUUUAAGCGCUCCCCGCACGUUGUACAAGUUGUUGCCGUACCUAUAUAUGCAUCUUUUCCAACCUACGACUUCUUCCUCCUUCAUCGAGAAGGCGAGAGGAAUUGGAAAACUGUUGUGGGCUAUCAAUGCAAACAGGGUACUGAGAAUCCCAGUGAAGAAGCGUGGAAAGAUGUCCCCGUGUCGGUUUGGAUUGAAGGCAAAUGCCGCAUGUAUCGUGUUCAAGAGGACGGUCAAAGGGUUUCCAAAAAGUUGCACCGGGGUUGGACUUUGCUGAGCGAGUCGCAUCAAGCUAACCUUCUUGGUGUUUCCAUUGCCGAAGCGCUACCACAAGCUGAAGCAAGCAGCCAAGAAGAGAGGCAGUGUUGUAGGGCAGAGCAAGCCUGGGAUCAAAGUUACUUAGACUCUCAAGGCUACCAAAACAAGCCUAAACGACAGCGCUUGGAAGAGUAGACACGAACAGGAAAACAACCAUUGAGAAUCGGAUGCCCCCCCCCCCCUUGUAUUCCGGAGCGUUUCUCUCAUAUUUGAGCUUGGAUCAGUUGUCGAUUAUCGACGUCACUACGAUUGAUCUCUUCAGUAGCAGACAACUAUCUAUCUACUAUUGUUGUUCUGCCAUACCUGGUGUUGUUCUGCCAAUCCCUUCGGGAUUGCCCUCGGUCGCCUUCUCCUUCUGCUGCUCAUCAUCCAUGGUCAAGUGGGUUGGUUGUUGGCUAUCUCUCAGUCCGGAUGGACUGGGGAGAGCCUCACAACGCUUGAGCUGAGCAUGACCCAGAAGGAGAUGUGAAGUCUAGUCAGGAUUGAAACCUGAACCUGGACUGAAAGAGAGCCGACGGCAAGGCGGAACUUGGCGAUGAGGAGAAAACCGCCGAUGUUACGGCGGGGCAUGAGAUUGUAGGCUUCGGUGCGAGACCAGGCACGGGUGUGGGGUCCGCUGCGAAUGGAUUUCGCAAGGAGAUCGGAGAAGGAGUCCGAGAGGUUGGAAGGAGCGGUGUAUUUGGCAGAGAGGCCAAGAAGUUGGGAAUCCUGGAGGGUGGAGCGGAAGGGGAAGCGGCAUAGCCGAGGUGGAGUCGGAUGCAUGAUAGCAGGAUCAUUCCAGGAGUUGGAGCGGGGAAGGAUGGAAGUGGGAAGAUCUUGAGUGUGGACGAGCCGGGGCCCGAGGAGACCCUGAAGAAGAAGGGGCUGGGCGAUGGCGGCCGUCGGAGAAAGAGGGGAUCGUUGUCGGUCAUGGGAAGAAAGACGGAAGAAAGGGGCGCGACAAAGAGAAGAAGCAAAGGCGGAACGAGACGAGAUGUCUGAUAGCGAUAGAGGCAAGGCAGGAAACGAAGGCUUUGUACAUCAACUGUUGUGGUGUACAAAGACAGAGAAUAAGCACUUGGUGCUUGUUAUCUUGUUGGUGCCAGCUCAUCCAAUGCCAAUGCUGGGUGAGCAGGCACCACCUACAGUUACCUGCCGGUCAUGCUGGCUUUAAGGUUGUGGACCCUCAUUUGCUCUGCUACUGGUGCUUCACUAUGACUGGAGUUAGUCUCUGCCGGAAAGUCACUUGCUGCUAACGCCGAUCAAAUUAAUUAUUAACGGGUGUGAUCGCCCACCCCUCGUGCUCUUCAUCAAAAUUAUUUUCGAUUUCUUCGCUAUCAACAGGCUCAAACAACAUGUUGCAUCCAAAGAAAGAAGGGAGUUUUGCAAAUUCGACA